GUUUGAGAGGGAAAUACUUUAUAAAUUGUUUGUGAUUUAUUAGAGAAAAGGAACAUUGAUCAGGUGUACUGAUUUCAAAGCCGUAUGUUUUUCUUUACUGAAGACAAGAAGCCGUGUCCUAAUGUGCUUGUGGACAGGACCCUGCAUGCCACUCUUCCCCAAAUAUUCACCCAGGUGCAAUAUGUAUUGGAAAAAAGGGAAACAUGUUUACCAUACAAAGCUUGCAGAAUAGUUAAAUUCUUUAUGUGUUUUCUGAAGUGCGAUUUAAGAAGACUUGAUUUGGUACCACUUGAGCACAACCACCAACUUGGCAUAGCACUUUGCAAAAAUCUCCAGCGAACAAGUGGACAUUUUAACGAGUGCCGUGACCUCAAUGUGUCUCCUAGUCCGACCAAGUCUGUGUGGACGCCAGCUAUCUUCCCUCGCCUGACACCUUCGCAGUUUCACUAACUCAUUAGAGAGAAGAGUUGGAGUGGAGGUCAGACCAAUGACAUAUGAGGGAAUGGUGCCCUUUGAACCAAAAUGGCAGCCCAGUCCAUCUGUUGUAUGGGCUAACUGGAUGUGCAAUCCGAUCUGGAUUGGACUCACCAUCUGCUACCCCGUAGUUUCUAUACAAAGUUUUCAGUGCACAAGACUGCUUGCCAUGGAGAAAUCUCUUUUUCUGUGGCUUGCUGACACUAUUGUAGUUUUCUUUCCUUUUUUCUGCCUCAUUAAAU